CCUGCAGCAGCAGCACGGAACAGCGGGGCGACCACCAGACUCACACCGAGGACCAGCUGCUGAGCGCGGCGGAGCUCAGGCGGAGGCUCCGGUCGUCCCCUGCGGCACUCUAACGGUUUUUAACCCGCUUUUCUCCUCUUCUCCCGCCGGUCCGCUGCUCUUUGUGGGGGAAUAACGGAGUUACGUUACCGUCAAAGUGGGAGAAGUACCGACAUCAAUCCGCCGCCGGCAGCAUGAAGAAGAACAACUCCGGGAAACGGGGUCCGCAGGACUCGGCGCCGCAGCACGUUCAGCCCGAUAAGGUCGGCUGGAUCCGAAAGUUCUGCGGGAAAGGGAUCUUCAGAGAGAUCUGGAAGAACCGGUUUGUGGUUCUGAGGGGAGAUCAGCUGUUCGUCUGUGAGAAAGAGGUGAAGAAGGAGCUCGGCCGUGCAGAUGAGGUGUUGGACCUGUCGGACUAUGAGCGCUGUGAGGAGAUCCGCAAGAACAAGAGUCGCAGCAAAAAGAACCACAGCAAGUUCAGACUGCAGCGCUGCAGCUCGCCGGGGAACACGGUUCCUAACCUGGUCUUCCUGGCUGUCAGUCCCGAGGAGAAGGAGUCCUGGAUCAACGUCCUGAACGCCGCCAUCACUCGAGCCAAGAACAGAAUCCUGGACGAGGUGACGGUAGAAGACUCUCAGCUGUCUCAUCUGACUCGAGAUCGAGUGAAGAUUCCUCAGGCCCGACGACUGCCGACCAGAGGUCACCUGCUGGCUGUGGCCUCCACCUCCUCCUCAGACGGGAUGCUGACUCUGGAUCUGAUCCAGGAGGAGGACGCUCCUGUUUCUCAGGGAGCCGACAGCUGCGACAGAUUCAGGGUGGACUUGGACAAAUCUCUGUCCCACCUCGGCCCGGACUGUCCGAGGUCCAAAACUGACGGUGCUCUUUCUGCCAAGACUGCAGAGGCUUCUGGGAAAUCCCAGAGUCUUCCCCGUGAGGUGGCGGUGGUGUGGGAGCACACGGGUCAAACCCCACAGUCUGGAAAACGCCUGACGACGGCGGAGAAAAACCGCUGCGCCUCCAUGGACGAGAUCCUGACGCACUCAGAGACUAAAGCUGCUAAGAACAAGACGGCGGCGACGGCGACCCGUUCUCCGACCGCGAUGAUGAACGGCACAGCAGCGCCGAUCGGCCAACUGCAGGAGCUCAUCAGCCAGAAGCUUGACAAGACAGAGCGGCUGCUGACGGAGGUGCGAGGGGAGGCUGAGGGGGAGGCCGGGGAGCGGGGGAAGAUGAAGGGGAAAGAGUCAACCGAAGGAGCGCGAGCUGAAGCCGAGAGACUCCUGAAGGAGGCGUCGGCGGCCUGGAGCCAGGCCCGGGAAGUGCUGGAGGAGGUGAAGGAGCUGAGGGCGUUGUACAGACAACUGGACUCCUCCUCCCCCCUCACCCCCUCCAACAGCACCAAACUGAACCCAGACCGCAAAAGCCUGAUGUGAGCUGCAUGGUACUGACUCGUUCUGGUACAAACCGGUUCAGACCGGUCCGGUCCAGGUGAAACCACGUAACGGAGCGAGGCUUCUGUUUCUGUUUGUUGGACUUCAGACGAAGCUGCUGAGAACUGGAUCAACCACUUUUAAGUUAUUUGGACAAAUUCAGGUUUUGAUUGUCAGCUGUCAGGAGGAGCCAGGACCGUCCUGCUGACGGGUACGGCUCAGUGCUCAGGUGCACAUCGCCUCUUCACAAAAAAUCGUACUUUCAAAAACUGUGUGUAGCACAAAUUUAACUUAAGUCUCAUCUUUCAGAAACACCUUUAAAGAGUAACUAAACCACAAACCGCUUUUUUCACUUGAAAAGCAAUAAAUUUGAUUUAGGUUUAACUCGUCAUUUGAGUUUAAAGCUACAUCCGCAUUACUCAGUUUGAAUUUAGGACGCAUCAAUAUUGCUACGUUAUGGCCGGGCAUCUUUUCUAAUCAGGCGUUUCAGCAGCUUUAAAAGAGAGCAGUUUGGAAACGCUGCUGUCCUAAUUUUAUCUUUAAAACCCAAAACCCGCAGACAUCUGUGAUCACUUUCUAAUUGGUUAUAAGCCAAGAUGUGUUACACCGGCUUACGCUUGCACAGUGUACCUGAAUGGUCAUGAGGCUUUUAAAGCGUGUUGGUAUGGAUGGAGAUUAGAGCUGCAACGAUGCAAAAAGUUGCUCAUAACAACAGGGAAAGAUUUUAAGACUCCGUCUAGUAAUAUGUAUGUAGCCUAUGUCUAAGUAUUAAAAUUCGUCAUUUGUGUUAUAAAUAUGCACAAUGUUUUGCUUGUAAGGGUUGAAAUAUGGCUAUUGCAAUUGAUUUUUUUCUCUUUGCUGAUCCAAUCCUGGUAUCAAGGACUGCUGCCGACCAACCCAUCACUUUUUUGUGUGUGUGGGGUACAGGGAGGUGCUGUGGAUCAAGAGGCGGCACAGUGUCUUAUCCCAGCCCUGCCCAUUUUUGAUAUCUUUUUCACACUCAAGGGAGGAGGUCCUUAAACCAAAAGUUGGGGGUUUAGUUACUCUUUAAAUACUUUUCCAGACUUUGAAAAUCUCUCUAAAUUCUCCUUUUUGUUGCACAGACACUUGAGGUACCUUUAAAGAAAUCUGACGGCUCUCGUCAAAGGGAAAGAAAACGUGCCAAGAUGAGAGUUCAGAGACGAGGAAAGACCAUCACUUUGGAUGCUUUUUAUUUCACUUUAUGAAUAUUUAUGUUGGAGAUUUGUUGUUACGUUGAUAGUUUAUGCAGCCGGACAUGAAAAGGAAACAGUUAACGGUACGAAUGCAGGGUAAAUACUGAAUGAAGGAGGAUGUCUUGAAUGCUGGGGGGGUCAGAGGUCAGGAGGUGGUCGACUCUAAAUGUGACGGUAGAUGAGCAGAAGUCCGAUCAGCUUCAGGUUUUGAUAUUUUACGUCGUAUGAACUAUUUUGUUCAAACCUUAAAACCCACGUAGCUCAAGUCCUCCUCCAUUUGGAUUCAGAGGAACCAGUGGCUGUCUGUUCUGUUUUUGAUCAGGUCUACCCUGAGACUGGGACACAAGUCCUUUGGGAUCAGGUACAAGUUUUACGAUCCUUGAAAACCUCCAGACGAGGAGAAAUUGAUACUAUGCACCAAACCAUCUGGAGCCACCUCGGACUCUUCUUCCUCUUUCUGAAUGUGAAUUUUUCGGAGACUCUGGAGGCUGCAGGAGACGCCAGCAGCUCUCCAGUCUCAGCUGGAACCUCACUGUCUCCGGUGGAAAUGUUGGACAAAAACAGGACAGAUUUAUUCUCCACUAUGUUUGAAUCUAAUCCCACAAUCCUUAAAACACCUGAAACAAACUUGAGUAGACUCAACAAGACCAGAUCCCAGAGUCUGAUUGUUCGUCUCUUCAGGUCAGGACCAGCUGCACUUUGAAUGAGCAGAAAACAAACAUAUAAAAACAAAAUCUAGAAGUCGAUCUAAAGCUGUGAUUAUUUUAUAAGAUGAAUUAACCCUCCUGUUGUGUUCAGCUUUGAGGAACAGCAAUAAUGAUCCUGGUUCAAAUAAACUCGGUCCAUGUUUAACCAUCUGAAGGUCGUCUAUAGUUUCUCCAAAAAUAUUAUUUUAGGCUCAGUAAAUAUAAAAUGUAUUAAUAAUUAGUCUAAUAAAGUUUUCUCCUCUUUCAGUUCAGGAUUUACUGAUGAGAUUUUUUUUUCCAGUAAAUAAUUUUUAAACACUUUUUUUUAUGUUUUGGAAAUAGGUUCUGUUCAGGGGCGUCGAUUCAUUUAAACAAAACGUCUUGUGUUAGGUGUCACAUUCACCAUUUCAAUUCAAAUUUACACCUUCAACCUUAACUUUAAAUUUAGGUUUUACACAAAGUUUUUACAACAGGAAACCUAAACAAAUAGGAAGGAACAUUUUGUUAAUGUCUGUGUGGUUUUUUGCUCCAAAAGUUAUUAGAAAUAUUUUUUCUGUAUUUUUAAACUUUGAAACAGGAAAAUUUAAACCACUACAACAACAUAACCGGAGGGAUAAAGAGAAAACAAUUUCUAACCAAAAGGUCAUUUUAUUUCUCACAUUUAAUGCAAAGUUUUCUUUUUAAGAUAGAAAUCAGUGUCCUAAAGUCCUGAUCCUGUUGAGAAGAACGAUGAAACUCACGGGAGAUAAAAUGAGACUGGAUGUGAUGAACUGGACCUGAAGACGGAUCGUUGUUUUACCUCCCAGUGAAGAGACGUCUGUCCUGCUCAGAGACACUUCAGCAGGUCACACCAGCAUCGACCUCCUGUGGACUUAAAAACAAUCAGUUUGACUGAGAAAACUUUAUUUUUAUAGACGACGUUCAGACUUUUGUACCGUUUAAGCUUCAGUUCAGGUGGUGUGUGUGUGUGUGUGUGUGUGUGUGUGUGUGUGUGUGUGUGUGUGUGUGUGUCGGAGGAUGAAGUGUGAUGGGAGCAACAAAAAGUGACGUCACAUCAAAACCAGAUUAUUUAAAAACAUCAUGUUUCAUGGAUUUGGAUUCAACAUAAAAACUCAUAAAACUGAUUUUUUAAAUAAAGGAAUAUUCCAACAUUUUGGCCAGAAAAUUGUUUUUAAAGUCUGUAAACUGAAUAAAGUUCAGCACUGGUUUCAUUAAAUUGUCACUAAUCUGCUGUUUAAGUUUCCCUGUGAAGUUUACAAGAAAACUCCACGGAGCAGCUUUAACACCGGUAAUCACCGUGGACACAAAGGGUUAAUGUGUGGAGGACGUUAAUAAUUCGAUGAUUUGUUUUCAGUCACGUCAGACUGAGCAGCUCUUCGGUCAGAACGGUGGAUUAUUCCUUUAAUGAUCUCACCGUGUCCUGUUCCCGUUUGUCUCUGUGGCACCGAGCAGCAGCUGGAGCCUUAAACCCAGAGGGGAUGAUGGGAAAUGUAGUCUGUGAAUCCUGAUCAGUUCAUGCGCUAAAAUAAAACUUGAAAACUGAA